UCGAUCAACCACCGGCCGAAACCACCAACAUCAUAGUGAUUUCAAUUGACGACCAGAAGCACGUAUCUACCACCGGGCGAACUAUUUCGGAUGGAGUAUCAUUUAGAUGGGGAAUUGAAACGGAUGGCGGGAAAAGCUACUUGGAACGGUAGCUUUGAGAGUUUUAUUGUUGUGUUGGAGCUGCUUGAUGAUCAUCACGGAGAUAUGCUACGACAGUCCUUCUUGUGGUCACUGUACGAGAUGCGAGAGGUGCAGUACUCAGGACAGAUCAUCGAUGCACUUCUAUGUCGGCUUCUGAGGCCAGGAGACAGCGAUUCCCUCCACUUCAACCUCGGGGGCAAGGUCGUCAGUUUCUCGAUGUAUGAGUUUAGCUUAAUCACUGGACUGUGGAUUAUGGGCAACGAUGCAGCCAUUGAGAGAAGUAAUAGGCUAUGCGAGACGUACUUCCAGGGACAUGGGUCGAUGCAUCUACCCGAGUUGAUGGUCGCGAUUAGGGGGUGCGACCAGAUGCUAGAUAGAUUGAAAUUUGGGCUGGUCUACAUCCUCGAGAGUGUGAUGAGGUGUCAUCACAAGAAAAUUGCUAUCGACAUUUUUCAUUUAGAAGUUGGUGACGACAUCGAUGCGUUCAACAACGAUCCAUGGGACCGGAGAUGCUACGAAGAUACCGUCUUCACCAGAUCACACUCGAGGUUCAGGGAUUCAAUGCGUGAAUACAAAACAUAUGGAUUGCCCUUAGCGGUGCAGGUAAAUGUUUAAUAUAAUUAAAGUUAAAGUUUUAGUAUAUUACAUUUAUGCAUAAUAAGUGUAUGUGUUGCAGAUUUGAGUGUAUAAGACAAUCCCUGCACUGGGGGCCCGCUUCGCGAAGCGAGGGGAGACACGCCCUCGAAUGCAUCAUUGGAGAUCGUCAUGAGCGGACGGAUGUCCCACUGGAAAACAGUUAUCGGCCCUUUUCGACGAUCCUCAGGAGGGCGGUCCAACUGAUCGACGAUCACCUCCGCUGAGGGUAUCGCCGCCACCAUUGGCAUCGCCUCCGCCGAGGGAAUCGCCGUCGCCAUUGGCAUCACGAUCAUCGAGGGUAUCUCCUUCUCCCUCGUCCAGACACGUCCCCCAUGUAUAUCCGACACACAGUGAUGAUUUGUAUGUCCGUCUGACUGGAUUUAAGCGGAGGAGGUCGGCGCUCUACGACGAGAGUUGACGGAGAUGGUCGAUGAUCUAGGACGAGAGUUGAUAAGGAGGGUUGACGAUAUGGGACGAGAGUUGACGGGGAGGGUUGACGAUCUAUCUCAUGAUGUUGGAAUGCUCCGGUCUUGCGUUGUCGACCUUUAGGAUACGAUAGCGGCACUUAGAGGAUAUUUAGCCGGUAGGUGAUAGAGGGACAGAGGGGAUGGUGGAGAUGAUGAUUGAGAGGGUGGCAGGGAUGAUGAUGGAGAGGGGGUUUACCCACAUUUUUGGCAUGAUGAGACAUUAUAAUCAUUGUGGUUGUCUAUGGAGGGGGAGAGGGUGGCCCCGAUGGGAGGCGCGGGGAGGUGGCAGCGGAGGGGAAG